CAUACUGAACGUAUUGCUACUGAACUAGAUCGAUUGCCAUUAGCAUGCUUUCCAGAGCCAUCUUAUAUUACAGUGACGGACCACAAGAAUGUAGGAUAUGCAACUUUGAUGGACUCCAUCACGAACACCCAGGUACCUCACUGGUUGAAAUGUGUUGUUCGAGUGGUAGCAGCAUGUCCUUGGCGGGGUGAAGACCUUCGUUCUCCUCUUGAUGGAUGUUACUGUGUUCGUUUGACUCUUGAAGAUCCUACUGCAAGAAUUCAUGCAUAUAUUUUGGGAGAGGAAGGGGUGAAAUUCUUCGGGUAUAAUCCAACAGUUGACCAGUUGACUAGACAGAUGAGCAGGUUGCUUGGUAUAAAAGAUUCUGAUGGCGAAGAGAAAAGUUGUGCUUCUAGAGAUCCUCCAUGGAUAUGGUGCUUCUUAAUGUGCUAUUAUUUGGACAAAAAAGAUCCAUGGGGGAGUAGGAGGUAUAGGAUAAUCGACACCCGCUUGGUUGAUUGAAGAAAGAAGACCUUUCUAUCAUGUGACAUUUUGUAAAUACUGCACUCUUCUUCAAGUGACAGACCAAAUGCUAAUUGCGAAUAACACUUUGUAAUGGUGACAUGGGUAGUUAGUCAUGUAAUAUCCUCGAAUUUGGCUUAUCUAGAAGUGAAGAUUGAAGGGGUA